ACCCUCCCACACCCCCCACCCCACCCCACUCCCAGCUCGAGCGCGGCCGCCAAUGUCGGACUUCGAGGAGUUUGUGGCGCCGCCCGAGUGCCCGGUCUUCGAGCCGAGCUGGGAGGAGUUCGGCGACCCGCUGGGCUACAUCGCCAAGAUACGGCCGGUGGCCGAGAGGAGCGGCAUCUGCAAGAUCCGGCCCCCCCUGGACUGGCAGCCUCCUUUCGCAGUCGAGGUCGACAACUUCAAGUUCACGCCCCGAAUUCAGCGGUUGAACGAAUUGGAGGCACAGACGCGAGUCAAGCUAAACUUCCUGGACCAGAUCGCCAAGUUCUGGGAGCUCCAGGGGUCGACGUUGAAGAUCCCCAAUGUGGAGCGGAGAAUCCUCGACUUGUACAGCCUCAACAAGAUUGUCGUUGACGAGGGCGGCUAUGAGGGCAUCUGCCGUGAACGCCGCUGGUCACGUGUGGCCCAGCGUCUGGGCUACCCACCGGGCAAGGGUAUCGGCUCGCUGCUGCGCUCCCACUACGAGCGCGUCAUCUAUCCUUUCUACACCUUCCAGUCUGGAGCCAGCCUAGCGUGCCAGCCGGGCCCCCAGUUUGACAGUGAGGAGAAGGAUCGGGAGUACAAGCCCCACAGCAUCCCACUGCGACAGUCCGUGCAGCCCCCCAAGAUGAACAGCUACGGGCGCCGAGCCAAGCGGCUGCAGGCCGAGACGGAGCCGACAGAGGCAGACAUCGCCAAGAACCCCGAGCUGAAGAAGCUUCAGAUCUAUGGGGCCGGGCCCAAAAUGGUGGGGCUGGGACUGGUGGUGAAAGACCGAACCAGCAGGAAGAAAGGUGGGUAGCUGCCCUCACUCUCCUCCCCU